AUGUCGCAUUUGCGAGCCCGAGACGACGCGGUGGAGGUGUUGUCCAGUUGCCCGCCCGGACAGCUGGCGGUCGUGUGGUAUAGUGAUGAUUCAGUUUAUCACGAGCGGCUUAUGGUUUGGAGGGCUGGUGACACUGAGUGGUUUGUGCUGACCCCUGACGGGGACUUCUAUAGAGAGGACUGGUCAGGCCAUUCAGAUGAGGGUCCCAUCAGCUUCAAACUGAAGAAGACAGACUUUAGUCACUUCUCCCGUAUCAGCCAACCAGUGUAUCGUUUUAGUUCCUACCCCGAUGACGACCGGUUCAGAGAGCUUGUGGAGGAGGCCCUCAACGAGUUAGGUGAGUUAGGCAGUGGCUCCCUGAGUUGGACACCCCGCAAGGUCAUUGACAUGAAAGGCAAGGAGGUGGAAGCUUCUCUUGACCUGGGACGCCUGAUAGUGCCCCGGAGGUUGAGACGUCGAGAUGGAGGCUAUGUCGCUGAACCCAUUCCCUCCCCAGUGGCAGUGUCAGGCUUUCCUAGGUCAGGACUUGCACCGGCCCCUGAGGGCCACAUGUGGGUCGCCUUGCAUGACACCUCCGCCUUUGACCUUGGGAAGGAGGCCAACGUAGGCUUGGAGAAGGGCAUCCAGUUGGACAGCGACCAUGGAGCCAUCCCUGAUGAGAAGGGAUGGACCUUGAUGAAGCUGCUCAAAGUUGAGAAGGUUCCCGCAAUGGUUGAAGAGCGAGAGAAGCUGGUGCCCAGUCGGUUGGAGCUUCGUGGUGUGCCUAGCAGGAGCCUGGAGACUGGCGCCAAGAAGGAGGAGGCUGGAGGUGAGGAAGACGCUGAGGUCUCAGAGGACGCCAGGACUCUGAGUGUUUGCUAUGAUGAUCAAGGAGAGAGAUACCGGUCCUGGAGGGAGGCCACAAAAGAGGCAAGGGAGUAUUCCUACUCGGACUGGCCCCUGGAGGGGCCCCAAUCCGUGCUCCACUUGAUGAAGUACAUGUUGAAGAAUGGUGGCAGCCCCAAGCAAUGGUUGUUGAUUUGGGCCCGACACAAAGGAGUGCAUGACAAUGAUCGAGUCAUGCAUGAAAUGCGUGCCUUGUUGGAGAGCUUCGAAUUGGCAGGCUGCUAUGACCAGUUGAACCUUGGCAGUUUGGCCUGUUUUGAAGCCUUGGGACGCAGGGUGCAGAGCAUUGUCGAUGCCUACAACAGCGGCUCCUCCGCCUCUCCAGAUUGGGGGGGUCCAGAAGAUCUGGUUUCUCCUUCCCUUCGCACUUGGGCGGCCAAGAAAGGAAAGGAGGAAGUUGAGAUUGCAGCCGCCCGGACGAAGAUGAGAGAGCACAAGCGGCUGCAGAUCCCCACAGAAGAUGCUGCCGCCUCCGCCGUGGCUGACGGCAACCUACCUCCCGGCGGACCAGCUGCCAAAGCCAAGCGCAAGGCCAAGGCGAACAGACUGGCAGCUAUGGGAGGACAACGCCCAGAUCCAGCCAGAGUGGGUCGAGAUUUGUUUCCUUUGCCCUCUCCAACUUUGCCGAAGAAGCCUGUGGCCGGGAGCCGUCGGUCGCAACAGCGUCUGGAUCGCAAGUGGAGACACUAUGAGACGGUGAAGGAGGCAGUAGACGGCUUGAACUGGCUGGCAUGUGAUAGUUUUUUGCAUGGUACAGAUGUUGAACCGGAUGGCAUUCAGCUGGAGGUUUUGCAGCGAAUUCAUGAACUAGCCCAGGACGCAGGACGGCUGGGCACCUUGGAGCAGAUUCCAAAACCUGAGGCAGCCUUACGAGAGCUGCUCAAAGGGAAGUCGGAGUAUCACCAACCCGAAGUCCCUGUGGCUUUGGCUCCCUACAAACUCGAGCGCAUUUCUCUCCCGAGCAGCUUGGAGAACCUUCCGGAGGCUCGUGACCUUCUGCCGGAGAAUGCCCGUCGAUAUCUGUUGGGUAGAGAGCUCAUGCUUAGGGAGGAGGGCGCUUAUGAUGCCCCCCCGUCAUUAGGAGACUCCACUUUGAUCACAGACAAGGGUUUGCCGGUGGUAUUCAAGAGCUCAGCAGUCCGAGACAAUGCAAGAGCAACAACAAGGCACUACGUCUAUGUCGACAACCUUGGCAUUGUUUCCCCUCACCGGGGUGUCGUCCAGUCGGCGCUCCAGGAGCUGGACAGUCACUUUGGAGGCAAAGGACUUCUUCUUCACCCAGGAGAGGUCCACAGUGAAGAAACGAAAGCACUGGGGACAAUAUUGGAUGGCAAGAAUCUUUGCUCCCGAAUUUGUCCAGAGAGGUAUCACAAGGUCAGACAGAGCAUCAGAGGUCUUUUACAAAAGCCGCGGGUGACGGGACAGAUGGUUGAAGUUGUCUUGGGCCAUGCAACCUUUUGCGCAUUGAACAACCGUAUGCUCAUGUCGAUCUUCCACAGUUGUUACAAGUUCAUAAGAGCACACUACUUUGAACCGGUGGCAAUGUGGGAAGCAGUGCGUCGUGAGUUCACAGCCUUUUCAGGACUCAUGAUUUUUCUUCGAGCGGACUGGUGGCGCCCUUGGAACAGUUUGGUGUGUUGCAGCGACGCCAGUACUACUGGCUAUGGGGUAUGCACAUCACAUUGGAGGCUAGAGGAUGUCAGAAAGGUUGGUCGACAGAAGGAACGGAGCCGCUUUAAACGUUGUGACAAUCAUCCAGCUAGAGAGUCAGCCUUAACUUCAGCAGGGUUCAUUCGUGAUGAGUUGACAGGUGCAUGGAAGGCAGGCAAUCUUUCAACUGAAGAUUAUCUCAACCUCAGCGGGUGGAGACUGGACCAGAGUUUUGAGGAGGUUCCAGCCCGCCUGCUGAGGAAGCAAUUGUGGCAGCCAAAGCUUUGGGGAAAGUGGCGCUUCAACGAAGGCAUCAUUAUCCUUGAGGCCCGGGCCGCCGUGAAAGCGAUGAAGCGGAUUGCGAUGAGCCGGUACGGUUCGCAGACACGACAGCUUUUCUUGUUGGACAACAUGUCACUGACCUUAGCACUCGAGCGUAGCCGCAGUCGUCAGUAUGGGCUCCUGAGCCAGGCGGCCAGAGUGGAGCGAGUGUUGAGGCCUGGAAAGCUUGUUGUGCCGAGUCGUUCGAGCAAGAAGGAGGCCUUGUUGAAGCCUGUCGAGACCAGCGAGCUCCUGGCAACAAAGGGAGUGCUGGGAAAACUGCCCACGCUGGAGAGUCCAGGGGAGGAGACCAAAACCCUGGGAGUCGAUCUCUCCAUGUCCAGCAGUUCCGACAGCAGCAGCGAGGUAGACAUGACCAGGAAGAGAAAGAAGUACUUGCACAGUCGCGCCCGACACCGGAGGCGCAAAUAUGUGGACUUCCUCAUAGACGGCAAGGACAAGGAUGGGCUGAGUCUUUUGGAGAAGAGAGCCAUUGGAACAGCCGCAGAGAAAAUGUACCAGAAAGAGCUUCAGGCCUUCAAGGACUAUGCAGUGUGUCGGGGACUGGACCCGAAAGAUGCCGAGGGGGUGGACAGGUUGAUGGUGCAGUACAUGAACCAUUGUUAUUUGGCAGGGCACCAGGCCUAUGUUGGAGACCGCCUCAUAGCCAGUUGGUUGCACCAUCACCCACAGUUCAGCAAGACUGGGGUGAAGAAGAUCCCCAGAGCCCUGAGGACCUUCAGUUUGAUCAAACCGGCACCAGGAGUGACCAGCAGUUGGAGCUUGCUUCUGAGCCCAGAAGAGUUGCAGGAGAGUUCAAAGACUGGAGACUACGACGUCAGUGUCCUGUUAGACUCUCCCUAUACGAAUUGUUGGCUUGGCAAGUUCCUCACGGUCAUGAAGAGGGCCAGCAGCAGCUCGGCCCUGUGGGACUUCGACUACAGUCAGUACCUGGCAGUGAUAAAGAAGAUUGCCAAGAAGAUGGAGGUGCCACUGGAGCCUUAUCACACGAGGCACAGCGGCCCCUCCAUCGACAGAAGCCGAAAGUACAGGUCGCAGCUCGAGGUACAGAAGAGAGGCCAGUGGAAGAGUUCAGAGUCAUGCGUGAGGUACGAGAAAGCCGCCCGGUUGGCUCGGACCUGGGAGCAAGUGCCGCAGAAGACAAAGGACUUCGCCCUGGCUUGCGAGGAGGCGUUCGACGACAUCAUGCUUGGAAGAAAGAAGCGGAACGGGAAAGGGCAGUUUGUAGCAGACCUUUUCUCCGGGUGCGGAGGAGUGGCGCUGGCCUGUGAGAGGUUAGGCUUUGUGAGCAAGCAAUGGGACAUUAGGUUGGGGCACACAUGUGACUUGACAAGUCGAAGCGUUGUUCGCAAGUUGAAGUGCAGCAUCCGGACCGGGAAGGUCCUAGCCGUGAUGAUGGCGCCUCCUUGUAACAGUUUUUCAGUGGCUCGUGACCGCACAAAAGUGAUUCGUACACGAGAGUUUCCUUGGGGAUUGCCUGAUAGUUUUUUGACAGCCAGUGAACAAGAGAAAAUACAGUUGGGCAAUGCUUGCUUUCGAACAUGUUUUUUCUUUGAUUCGCAUGCUGGACCGUUUCAGAAUUCCGUGGAUCUUGGAGAACCCGGCAAGUUCAAA